ACACAUUCGUUUCUAACGCGUGCCGCUGAAAGCAACUCGCUAAACGACAGCUCGAAAGUAGCCUACAACAGUUAUAUUCAAACCACCAGUUUUGUUGUUAACAAAGUUCUUACCAAAAACGCUUAAAGCCAACAGUAAAUCUGUGAAAUAGCAUUAAUUUUGAAUAUUUACAAGAAUUUUGAAAAAAAUAAUUUCUAUUUUGACUUUUUCCGCAACGUAAAUAAUUAACUUUGUUUUCGAGUGCAUACAAUUAGGCGCCAAGCAAUAAGCGUGUGAAAUUUUGCAAAUUAGAAUACGUGUAAGCUGAGCAAUUGACUGUGGUCGUGUGACAUUAAUUGGAAAACUUUCAAUUGCUCUCAUUCACAUACAUAUACAUAUUUACAUACGUAUAUACACACAUAUGCAUGUACGUAUGUAAAUCGUUUUGUGUACCAUAUAACCAAGUAAGAACUGAAACAUUCGAACGCUUUCACUAAGCUGACUCAGCUGUCGUGUGUGGUCUUAGUGUCUUUGUGCGCUGAAAUAUUUACUUUUCAUCAAAAAACGCUGUGUUUGCUGCAAAAAGUGUGCGCGCGUUAAUACACCGAAAACGGUAAAGAACAUAAUAAGAAAUUUUAAUUGAAAAAUCUCAAAAAGUGACGCUAAACCGUUCGCUAACGAGAAACCAACAGUCCAUUAUUUCUUUUAUCUUUUCAGCUUACAAAUAAUCAUCUUCUGAGUAAAUAUAGAGUUAUACAGUGAUUUGCUCAUCUUUUGACGGACUUGUGUCGCUAAUCUAAACAGCCCUUCAACAGCGUAAGAGUUUUAAGGAAAACGAAGCAACACCAACAAAAACAACCGAAAACAGCACUCAAAAUGUUGAUGUCAAAACGUUUAGUGAGCUCAUUCCUGUUUGUCUGUAUCAGUAUUCUGCUGUGGCAGCAAAGCUCCGCUGAUGUGCCGGAUAACAACGCACUCGCCAACUUAUACAACAGUUUGCUGCAACGCGAAUAUGCCGGUCCCAUUGUUUUCCCCAACCAUCAGGUCGAACGCAAAGCUCAACGUUCGCCUUCGUUGCGACUACGUUUCGGUCGUCGCAGCGAUCCGGAUAUGUACUUGCCCGCCGAGAAACGUUGGUUUGGUGAUGUAAAUCAGAAGCCAAUACGUUCGCCAUCAUUACGUUUACGUUUCGGUCGUCGCAGCGAUCCCAGCAUGCCACUGCAUAGCGAAUUCGAUGCUGUCAUGAACGAUUUGGCUGGUGUGAGCAACAAUGGUGGCAUAACUGAUGUCGAAGAAGCGGCUGCCUUUUACGGUGACGAGUACCCUGAAGAUAUGUAUGACGCUGGUUUUGAGCGUAUGGUACGUAAGCCUCAGCGUUUGCGUUUCGGCCGCAGCUUGCCAAGAAUCCAGAAUAAUAUCGAUGAUGAAUUAGAGCACGAACAACUUCAACAGACCGAUGAUUUCUUCAACUCCCUCUUAACUUCAGAAAAAUUGCACAAUAUGUUGCUCUCACUCCGUCAAUACGAUUCUGACAAUGACGAAUUCCAACGUGAAGUACGCAAGCCAUCGCCUCUCCGUUUGAGAUUUGGCCGCAGCGCCGCCGGCGAUACUAAUGAACAGAAGAAGGUCACUGCACAAAAUGCCAUUAAUGGUGAAAAAUCUGCGCCAGCAACACAACAACAACCACAGCAAGCACAAGCUAAAAAUUAAAUGCUGAAUAUUUAAAAAAUAUAAAAACAAAAACUAUAUAAUUGGCAAAGGCAGAAAAACUCACUGGCGCUGACGAUGUAUUUCGGUGAAUGGAAAUUUUAACCCAUAAAAAAUAUAUUAAUUUAAUAUUAAUACAUAUUAACAUACCCCCAGAGAAAUGUGCGCAAUAUUGUUAUAACUUAACCUUGUAACCAUGCAUACAUAUGUGUCCAUAAACUUUAAUGUUAAAUAAAAAUAUUUAUGAAAAUAUUUAAUAAAUUAAAUACAACUUAAAUUUGCUGAGACAUGUUUUUAUUUGACGAAAAGCUGUUGUGCAAUGCGGCAAGAUUAAAAACUUUUUUAUAUGCAAAAACAAAUUUGUUUAAACAAUUUAUAUGAUUUUUUUAAUGUACAAUUUUAUUUAAAAUAAAAAUUUAAAUAUUUAAAAAAUUAUAUAUAUUCUUUUUUUAUUCAAUGAAAAUAAAUGAAAUAAUUUUUAAAAAUUUGUUUAAACCUUUUAGAUGAUGAUUUUAAAAAAUAAUAUAUGUAUGUAUAUCUUUUUAUAUAAUGAAAAAAUAAUAAUUUGUGUAACUUUUCAAAUUAAAUUUUUACAAUAAUAAUGUAAUACAAAUUUUAAAAACAUUUUUUUUUUUUUAAAUUUCUAAUAAAUUAUAUUUUUAAUUUUUCAUAUGCAAAAAAAAUUUAAAAUUUGUUAAAACAAUUUAUAUGGAUUUUUAGUUAUAAAUUUUUGUUUGAAAUAAAAAGUAAACUAUUUUUAAAAAGUAAUGCAUUUUUUUAUUCAAUUAAAAAGUAAGAAUUUGUGUAAUUUAAAUUUUGACAAAAAUAUUUUAAUACAAAUUUUAAAAACAUUUUUUUUUUUAAAAAUUUGUUUUAAAUUAUAUUUGUAAUUUUUUGUAUGCAAAAAAAAAAUUAAAUUUGUUAAAACAAUUUAUAUGGAUUUUUAGUUAUAAAUAUUUGUUUAAAAUAAAAUGUAAAAUAUUUUUAAAACAGUAAUGCAUUUUUUUUUUUUUUCAAUUAAAAAAUAAUAAUUUGUGUAACUUCUAAGUAAUUAAAUUUAAAUUUUGACAAAAAUAUUUUAAUACAAAUUUUACUAACAAUUUUUUCCAAAAUUUAAUUUAAAAAAAAGUUCAACAAUUUCAAUUUCAUACUAAUAAAUAUUGUUUAGAAAUGUUGAAUUAAAUAAUCCCAAAAAAGUUUUAUAUUUAUUCCUUUCAUAUUAGAAAUUAAUAGUUUGUCAUAAAAAAUGGAAAUAAAAAUUAUUAGAAAAUGUUGCCGCAUCAAUUCGAGCUGAGUUACUGUUUCAUUCAGUUCAUUAUUUCAAAAAUAAAUUUCUAUUUAAAUAGUUUUAUUCAAAACUAGUUAAAAAAUAACUUUUGCAUAUUUUUAAUAUAAAUUCUCUUUUUAUUAUUAGUUUUUUCCAAAAAAAAUAUAUAACAAUGAAAAGCUGUUAUGCAUUUUGUGCUUUAUUUGAGAAACUUUUUUCAAUUUUUUUUGAAUAAUAUUUUCUUUAAAAUUAAUCAAAAGAAUUUUAAUUCUUAGAAAAGCUGUUGUGCAAUCUGGCCUCCCCAAGCAGUAUAUUUUAAUUUUAAUAAACAUAUAAUAUUUACUAAAUAAUCUAAACUGUAUAUUUAUACAAAAACUAAUGUUUAUGUGUUUGUUUUGUGUGUCUGUAAAAGUAAAAUGUGUAACAACCAAUAAAAUAUACAUACAUAUUUAUAUAACCGAAAAUAUACACUAUAAAUAAAUUCUAUUAUUAAAGAUAAAUUUCAAAAAUAAAAAUAAAAAAUUGGCCCCUGAAGAAAAUUAAAUUAAAAACUAAAUUUCGUAUGCAAAAACAAAUAUUUUUAUUUAAGACUUUGUUUUUGCAUGUUGAACUGCGAAACCUUUAUUUAAAAAAUAAUUUAAAUUAAUUAAUUUAAAUUAAUUAGCAGGCACUCCCUAAACAAAUUAGAGAAAUGUGUGUUAAACUAAAAAUAAAUAUGAAAAAUUAUGUUAUAAAAUAUAUUAAAAAUGAAAAUUAUAAAAUAUUAAAAAAUAAAAUUAUAUUAAAAUUUUAAAACGUAUGCUGGAAUAUAAAAUCUUUUUUUUUAUUUACACCAUCAAUGAAAAUGUAAAAACUAAGCUUACUCAGUUGUUUCUAAAUGUUUUUCCUUUCAAUUUUUCUAAUUGUUUAAAGCCUAUUAGAAGCAGAAUUUAUGAAACAUAUACAUACAUAUACACUCUAAAAUAAAAUAUGUGCGAAUUACUACAAAUCCUAAACGAAAACAAUUAUAUAUAUACAUAAUUACCUAUAUGAAUGUGCAAUUAUUAUUAAAGAAAGAUUCAAAAAAGUUUUAAAUUUAGCAUAAAAGUACUAAAAAAACUUGUACACACACAUAUACACACUAAUAAAUUACUUAGCGCAAAUCAUUAACAUUGACAUUAAACUAAUUACAAAAUAUUAAAAAAACAAAAUUAUAUAAAACAAAAAACUAGUCAAUGCAUAAGCAAAUUAAACAAAAUACAUACAUACAAAUAUAUAUCUAAACUAUAAUUAAAAAAAAUGCAAACAACAAAUAUUUAUAAAUGUAAAUACAUAUAUAUAAAUAUAUACCUAACAGUAUAUAUACUAUAGUAUAUUACAUAUAUAUAAAAGUGUAUACAAAAACUACAAAACUUGAUUUUAUUUGCGAACAAAAAAAUACAAAAACAAAUUAGUUAUUCUUAGCAGCAUUUCGCAUUGGUAGUUUAAGUAUGGCAAAUGUGGCUGAAACAAGCAAUGAGACCAAACUAAACAGAUCGCAACAAAAACAGUAAUUAUUGCAGCUAACACUUUUACAUUCUUACGACGUUUAUGUAGUGGAUCAGUGGUGUACUUUGAGGAAAUGAAGCAACUUAGCGCAGCUACUUACACACAAAGCAACAGAAACCUGAAACAAAAAAAAAAACAACAUGAAUUGUCAACAACAACAUUUUAACUGGUUACAAAUACAUACAUACAAAA